AUACACAAAUAUUCCCUCAACUGACAACACUGUGACAUGAAAUACAGAAGAAGCUCGUGAAAAAAAUUAUUCAUUGGAAAAAGAUUUUAUGAAAUAGUGAUAAAAAGUUAAAACAAUUAACUAUAAUAUGGAGCCAAUGGCUGAAGUCAAUACCAACGAUGAGGUCAACAACAAAAAUGAACUACCAGAAAUUACCGAUAAUCCACAGACGGCAGCAGCUAAUGGCGUUAGUCCAUCGGGGGCAGGUGUAGCAGCGCAAAACCAAGAAAAUGCUGAGACGUCAGAGAAAAAUGAUAAAGAAUGGUUACAAGGCCAAGUGCAAAAAACCCCCAUAAUGACUGCACCGCCUGGAUUUAGGCCUGCUGCAGCUGGUGCGGGUGCUGCUGUUAGGAGUGGCGGUGUAAAUAUGCAUUUUAAUAGGGGCGGUGGCAGAGGCGGCGGCGCUGGUAAUUUUGGCAAUCGCCCAUUCGAUCCAAAUUGGUCCAACAAUAAUGUACCGCCCGGUGGACCACCGGGUGGAGGACCCCCACAGUUAGAGCUGUGGGUGGAAACCAAAACCGAAGAUGGCAAAUCAUAUUAUUAUCAUGCCCUGACAAGAGAAACUACUUGGACCAAGCCCGAGGGACCAAACAUCAAAGUUAUGACCCAAGCUGAAAUUGAAGAAAUGAACAAGAAACAGCAAAUGAUGCAGCAGCAGCAACAACAACAACAGCAUCAUACCCAAAACCAGUCAAAUGGUGGUACUGAGGAAAAGGAUAAACCCGAAACAGCUGUUAUUACCGAUAAACCACCACCAACAGCAGCGGCGGCCGCGGUGGCAGCGCCGUCGAAUGUUUUAACAUCACAGCCACCACCAGGGUUGCUAUCGCAACCACCUCCAAGUGCCCAUCAACAACCGCAGCAGCAGCAAGUGCCCCAGCAACAUGCACCACCACAUCAGGCAAUGACACAACCUCCGCCUAAUGUUGCCGCAGCAGUGCCUGGCGGCCAUCCUCAAGUAAGUCAACCACCACCUGGUAUGCAUCAACAACCGCCACCAUUCUUUCCGCCUGGUGUCCAUCCACCUAAUUUUGGUCAACAUCCUCCCUUCGGAAUGCCUCCACCAGGCUAUGCGGCUGGAUUUCCGGGAGCACCUGGUGGUCCUGCCGCCCCUUGGGGAAUGCCCUGGAACCACAUGCAUCAAGUUCCGCCACAAGAUAAACCUGCCAAAAAUCUCAUCAUUAAACCUGGUGUCAUCGAUCCAGCAGUUAUAGCGCGUGCCGCCGAAUGGUCGGAACAUAGGGCUCCCGAUGGCAGACCUUAUUAUUAUCAUGCUGGACGCGGGGAAAGUGUGUGGGAAAAACCGCAAGCAUUACGUGACAUGGAAGCCGCACGUAUGGCUGCUCAUGGUGCCCCACAAGUUGCUGCCCCACCUCCCGUUCACAAUCCAGCUUUGAUACCUGGUAUACCUCCACACCUGAUACCGCUAAUGCACAUGCAACCGGCAAAUCAUGCUGCCGCAUUUGUUGAUCACUCAGCCGCCAAGGCUGCAGAGAAUGCAAAAGUUUCACAAACGGCUGCCCUAGAGAAAGAGGCUAAAAAGUAUGCCGAAGAGAAACGCAAAAAGGCCGAAGAAGAACAAAAGAAAGCAAAUGCAACAGCAAAGCCGGUGGAUAAGAGUAGACCCAUAUCCAGCACGCCAAUACCGGGUACACCAUGGUGUGUUGUCUGGACAGGAGAUGCUCGUGUCUUUUUCUAUAAUCCUUCAACGAGAACAUCGGUCUGGGAGCGUCCAGAAGAGUUGCUCGAACGCGAAGAAGUCGACAAAGCAAUCAACAAUCCACCGGAACAACUAAAGAGUUUGGUCAAUGCCAAAGCAAAUGCCAAGGAAGAAGCUGAAGCUGAGGAGAAAGCAUCAACAAAUCACAGCGCCGGCAAUUCUGUGGCAAACAAUGCUGUAAAAAUCCAUAUCAUUGAGGACAAUCAAGCCGAUGAUGAAGAUGAUGGUGUGAUAAAAAUUAAAACAGAAUCGGAUUCAGAUGUUGAAGAAGUUCCCACCAAGAAGUUACGUUUAAAUAAAACGAAAAAGGCUGAUGCCAGUGAAGCUGCUGCCGAGGCUGAGGUGAGGGCAGCCAAAGAGAGAGCCUUGGUACCCUUGGAAACCAGAGUAAAACAAUUCAAAGAAAUGUUAAGAGAGAAGGAUGUAUCUGCCUUUAGUACAUGGGAAAAAGAGCUGCAUAAAAUCGUCUUUGAUCCCAGAUACUUGCUGCUGACAUCCAAGGAACGCAAGCAGGUGUUUGAGAAAUAUGUAAAAGAUCGCGCCGAAGAGGAACGCAAAGAAAAACGCAACAAAAUGCGACAAAAGCGUGAAGAGUUCCGUAAUCUCUUGGAAGAAUGUAAAUUGCAUGGAAAAUCCUCAUUCAGUGAUUUUUGUCAACGCUAUGGCAAAGAUGAACGUUACAAAGCCAUUGAAAAACCACGUGAACGUGAAAGUCUUUUCAAUGAAUAUCUCUUGGAUGUGAGGCGCCGUGAAAAGGAGGAGAAACAAAUGAAGAAAGAACAGAUACGCAAAGAUUUCAUUGAAAUGUUGCGUGAACGUGGCGAUUCCAUAGAUCGUCAUUGCCGCUGGCAUGACAUUAAAAAGAAAUUCGAAAUGGAUUCGCGUUAUCGGGCUGUGGAAAAUUCCAUGUAUCGUGAGGAGUAUUUCCAUGAUUUUCUGCGCAUCAUGAAGGAGGAGAAGCGGCGUCGUGAGCGCGAACGUGAAAAGGAGCGUGAACAACGGGAGCGGGAUAGAGAGCGUGAACGUAAGUCGGGCAAGAGUGAUCGCAAGGAUAAGGACAAGGAUAGGCGGGAGAGGAGUCGCAGUCGUAACAAAGAUCAUCAUGGUGGCGGACGAGAUGAUAAGGAACGUGAUGGCGGUGGCGGCAGUAGCCGAGACAAGGAAAAGGAACGCAAAGACAAAUCCGACAAGGAUAAGGACAGGGAGGAGAAGAAGAAAAACAAGGAUUAUGAGGAAGGUGAACACCAGUCCGAGGAAGAGGAGGCACGUUCAGCCACCACCGACCACGAGGAAGAGGAAGAAGCCGAGCGCCUGCAAAAGGAACGUGAUCGCCAACUGAGAGCCGAACAAAGUAUACGCGAACGCGAAAAGGAGGUACAACGCACACUGGCCGGUCAUUUGCGUGAUCGCGAUAAGGAACGUGAACUACACAAACGCGAAGAGGCCGUUGGCCAUUUUAAUGCCCUGCUAACGGAUUUGGUACGCAAUCCAGAUUUCACCUGGAAGGAGGUGAAACGACAAUUGCGCAAAGAUCAUCGCUGGGAAUUGGUUGAGUUCUUGGAUCGUGACGAUCGUGAGAGAAUUUUCAACGAACACAUUGAUGGUCUAAUGAAAAAGAAACGUGAAAAAUUCCGUGAAAUGCUCGAUGAAAUUACUACCCUCGAACUGACCAGCAGUUGGAAGGAUGUUAAGAAACUUAUCAAAGAUGAUCCCCGCUACUUAAAAUAUAAUAAUUCGGAAAAAUGUGAACGGGAAUUCCGUGACUAUUUGGUUGACAAGCAAAUGGCAGCCAAGGUGGCGCUCAAGGAGCUGCUCAAAGAAUGUAAACUCAUCACACACAAAAGUCAUGAAUUGGUACAGGAAAAUCCCAAUCAUCUUAAGGAGAUACUUGAUAUCCUGAAAAUGGAUAAGAGGUAUCUGAUAUUGGAACACAUUGCUGAGGAACGUACCACCAUUGUGGUAAACUAUCUAGAAGAAUUACACAAACGUGGACCUCCGCCACCACCCACAGCCUCGGAUGCCUCACGGCGUGUCAAGUAAAUGUGUUUUGGAUGACAACGACAUUUUGUUUCAUCAAUGGUUCCCAUACUGUUAUGAGUUUCAUUUGGAAUUGCCCAUUCAAGAGAAAUAUUUUGUGUUGUAACAACAUUAUUGAUUUCUAUUAAUAAUAGCUGAUAUAUUUUUAAAUUAAACCACCACAUCUAACGUCAGAGAAAUUAUUACGAAAAAAAAUGAUUACAUCUGCCUAACACUUACACCUAUUUCGAAUUGUAUUAACAUUACAUCAGAAUGUUUUAAAUGUAAUUUUAAAUUAAUAAAUAAAUUCAAAAGAGCGUGCAUUUUGCAUAAAAUUAAA